AUGCAUUAUCUACCCCACAUUCUCCCCCGCACUCUGAAAAAUAUGCUCUCAGCCGGAACCAUUUGCAAACUUGCAACCCUUCCAGUACGACUUCUAUGGGUGACCAUUCUGUACUAUUUGGGCUACCCUGCGUUCAGGAGAUAUCAUAACGACUUAAUUUCCUGCCUCAAAUUGACGUUUUUCAGAGAUGUCUUGGCAUAUAGUUUUCCCGAUUACCAGUAUAUUCCCAGUCUUUCCAAUGACUAUAUUAUUAAUAGUGUGUUGCCAUUGGCAUUCGGAAUAGAAAAAGAACUGAUCCCUGGAUACGGUACACGCCAUGAUAAGAAUUCUAUUUGGCUUGUCAAGCAACCUGAUAGGAAACCAUCCGAUCCAAUCUUGAUCUAUCUUCAUGGUGGAGGUUACUUUUUGCAAACAACCCCAACCCAACCGGUAUCAAUGCUUUCCAUAUACAAGCUUCUUGACCCUGAGAUUCAGUCCAAAUUGUCCAUUUUGUAUCUAGACUACAAAUUGACCUCAAGAGGGUUCUCCGUCCCUCACCAAUUGGGCCAGUUACAUGAAACAUACGAGGCUCUCAUAGACGCUGGAAACACCAAUAUUAUGUUAUGUGGAGAUUCUGCAGGCGGAAACUUGGCCGUGGGAUACACUCAGUACUUGAAGAAAGUCGGGAGUCGUCAUUUGGUUCAACCAACAGCAUUGGUUCUCAUCAGUCCUUGGCUUGAUAUCAAGCCAACUGAUGAAAAUUGGCAGCCAUCUCGUUCAUAUUAUGAGAAUGAAAAGCGCGAUAUGAUCAGGUUUGGUGCUUUUAAAGGCGAUAUGCUCAAGGAAGGUUUUGGAACCGUUGAUCGCAGUGACCCCAUAUACUGUCCUGCCCAACAUCCAAUUGACAAAGCUGAUUGGGAAAUCGACUGCUAUAAAGAUGCCAACCAUAGUGUAUUCAUGGUAUGUGGUGAGGAUGAGUCUUUUAGAGACGAAGACUUGAGAUGGGCAGAGGCGGUAUUGGAUGUUCCUUUGUACUCAUCUGUUCGCUACGGGAACUCAAAAGGAAAGUAUGAUCCUCAAAUCCACCAUUUCCAUCGGGAUGGAGAUACCAACCAUUGCAGAACCGAUGUCUACGUUGAGCCAUGGGGUAUUCAUGAUGCUGUCUUUUUUUUCGAGAACCCAGUCAUAAGUGAAAUUAAUGCGGCCGAGGCUAAAGGUCUGAAACUUGGUUAUGAUGACUUGAGUGACAAAUAUUUCGGUAUCAGGCGGGCGGCAAAGUUCCUUAAUGAUAUUAUUGGAUAG